AUGGGCAGUUUUGCCGAAUUAAAUGUUGAUUUUGAAGUAAACUUUAAUCCUGAUGUCAGCAUUAAUUCGUUAAAUUCAAAUCUGAACACUGUUUCAUCACUUUCGCAAACACUCUGCACAGUAACUAGUGCAUCAGCAGCUCCAUCGGCUUCCGGCUUUGUUAAUUAUGGAACAACAGCUAUACCCACUGCAACAGGAGUAUCAGUAGACGGUGUAUUGAUUUUUACUCCUGAUUCAGCAAAUAAUAUCGAUCCAUUUUUUCCACCAGCAGGUGGAACCGCUGAAACAGUAGAUAGCUGUCUUGCUCAUUGUCAACCGACCGGUAUAUAUCAUUAUCAUAUUGGUAGUGGUUGUCAAGUCAAUCCUCCAACAGGAAAUAUUACAUCAUGUGCUGCUACUAGUUCUUGUAUUUCAAAUAUUGCUACAUAUUCUAUAUCUUCAUUUUCAAGUUAUCAAACGAAGACAGUCAUUGGUAUUGCCAAAGAUGGACAUGUUAUUUAUGGUCCUUAUCUAUCUUCAGGUACACGAGUAACAACAGGUUUUGAUGUUUGUAAUGGAAUGUUUUAUGAUUCUAUUGGUAAUUAUGCUUAUUUCGCCACAUCAACAUAUCCAUAUCUUGUUGGAUGUUUUGGACCAGGAAAUUAUCCAUUAUUUGGACCCAAUUGUACUACUAAUGGAGUAUCAUCUUAUAAUAUGUCAUCUUAUGCGAGAUCAUUCUGGAAUAGUUCGACUACAACUUCAAUGAGUGUUCGAAUUAGUCUUGAUACUGGUCUUAUUCUUUUAUUCAUUAGCGCCUUCAUAUCCUUAUAUUAA